AAGUGUAUCAGUUGGUUACAAAUAGAAAAAAAAAACAAAAAAAACCCUUUCCUUUUACAUCAAAACCUUGGUUCAUCUAAUAGUGCGAUGUCUCAGGAAAAAGGCCUUGCAUCUCUGUUUCCCACACCCCUUUAAUACAGUCUCUUCCAGUAUGGCAACUUCUAGAAUGUGUACUAGGAUUCUUGAUCAAAGAAUUAAUGAUAACUUAGUGGCUCUUCUUGGUCAAAUGCUGGGAGAAGAACUUGGUAUAUGUGGAGAGCAUGAGCUUGAGGAAGGUUGUAACAAAGAUUAGAUCUGCAAUCAGUACAUUUAAAUCACAUGCUUCUCAGGAUCUGCUGACAUUUUUUAAAACAGGAAUGCUUAAAUAGAACAGGAACGUAUAUAUGCAAACUCUUGUGGCAUGUUUUAUGGUAACUUGUUUCUAUACUAGAAAGUGUGCUCUGGUCCUACCUGCUAAAAUGACCAAUUAAACUGUAGUUUUAAAACCGUACAAGCUAUUGCUAGAAAUAAGAAACUCUGCAGUGAAUGUGCUUGCCAGAGUGUUCGUAGAAUUGUCCUUUUUUAAAAAUUGGAAUUGACCUGUGCCACUUUUCACAGCUGAUUCAAUGUAUGCAGUAGUGACAGUUUCCUAUAUGUAUGCAAGCUGCUGCACUGAAGUGUGAAAGGAAGAUUAAAACCUGAUCCAAGAUUGAAUCCCAGAAAACAACAAAAAAAAAUCAUGAUGGUGCAGUUUGUUUGUUUUUUGAACCAUUCCUAAAUGAAUGAUCUUCAUCCUUACUGGUAAAAAAAAAAGAAGCUAAUAUGAAAUUGAAGUUCUUUGCUGGAGAAUUGCCUUUGUGGCGGGAACUGUGCAGAGCAGAAACCUGAAAUCAUCUUCGUGGAUGAAGAUUAUGUAUGAUGAGGGGUAAAAUAACAAUAGAUGUUAAAGUUAAAUCCAUGCAAACAACAUAACUCUUUGGCAGCUGGAACAGUUUAUUCCUGUCACUUCUGAAGGCUUUCAACAUUUCUUACCGAAAUACCCUACAUGGAUGUUUACAAUGAUCCGAGCUUCAAGGCCAGGAUGCCACUAAGGAACUGUAGAAACACACGUUACCAAGAGGUGGUUUGCUUUGCAGUAUUUUGCAGAAUUGUUACACUCCUGCUUCAGGCACUUUUCAAUUUCCUGAUUCCCGAUCAUGCCGCAGACGCCUUCUCUCCUCCCCGUCUCUCUGACCCCGGGUUCUUGGACCAGCUGCUGGAAUGGUUCCUGGGAGGCCUCUCCCGUUGGGAUGCAGAGCACUUCCUGUUCAUAGCCGAGCAUGGCUACGUGUAUGAGCACAACUGUGCCUUCUUCCCCCUGUUCCUGGCCCUAAAAGCGGUUGCAAGCCUGAUCUUCUGGCCUCUCCAAGGCUUUCUCAGCUUCCGGAGCUGCCUGCUCCUCUCUGCAGUUCUCCUCAAUGCUGUUUUUUCUGUUUUAGCCUCUGGGACUCUCUAUGAGCUCAGCUUGGCAGUCCUGCAGUGCCGAAGGAGGGCUUUUCUGUCGGCCGUCCUCUUCUGCCUCACUCCAGCUAAUGUCUUUAUGGCGGCUGCUUACUCGGAAAGCCUGUUUGCCUUCCUGGUGUUUGCUGCUUUGUGGAGGCUAGAGAAAGGGCAUCCUUGGCUUAGCCUCCUCCUCUUUUCGUUAGCCACCGGAGUACGUUCCAACGGGCUAAUUAACGCAGGUUUUCUCAUCUAUUCCCAGACAAUCUUCGCUUUCAGCUUUCAAGCAAGUGAAAGCGUGUUGCAAAAGAAAAGCCAGUUUCUAAAACUGGCUGCUGCUUUGGUGCUGAUGUCGGCCUCCGUGGCUCUGCCUUUUGCUUUGUUUCAAUGCUACGCCUACCUUAAGUUCUGCUGUCCCAACAUUGGCCUGGGAUACGCCAUUCCGAAGCCGCUGUUGCAGUUGGCUGAAUCCAAGGGCUAUCGUGUUGCAGCUUCAGAGGGCGGGAUGCCCCCGUGGUGCUCCUGGAACUUUCCCGUGCUCUACACUUAUAUACAAGACACCUACUGGAAUGUUGGCUUCCUCCGGUACUUUGAACUCAAACAGAUCCCAAACUUUCUACUAGCUUCUCCCGCUAUUGUGUUGGGCUCUUGGGCGAGCUGGUGGUAUGUCACCGCCAAUCCCUGGCACUGUCUAACGCUUGGCCUGGUGAGAAGGAAGAGCACAGGCACGCAAGACCAUGACUCACACAAGCCAGCAGAGGGUUUUGGUUCUCCUGCUGUAUUCGUCUACGUUGUCCACGCAGCAGCUCUGUUGGUGUUUGGGACCUUUUUCAUGCACGUCCAGGUACUUACCAGGUUUUGGGGUUCUUCUUCUCCAGUCCUUUAUUGGUUCUGUGCUCAUCUGCUCUAUGACACUGAGCCUUUGCUGCAGGAUGGAGCCUCCCCACCCAAGCACAGAAAAUCCUUUGCUGAAAAACUCUCAGUGGAUAAUUUCUUUUCUACCUGCUGUAGACAUGAAAACCCCGUAUGGAUGCUUCUGAGCAGAUGGAAACAGAGCAGGAUUCUCACAAAAUGUAUUUUGGGAUAUGUACUUUCCUACUGGCUCCUGGGGUUGGUCCUUCACUGUAAUUUCUUUCCUUGGACAUAACCAUUUUGAACCUAUAUAUACAGUAUAUAUACUGGCCGAACAGGCUGAAAAUCUUUCAGAGAGAUCCUAUCUUCUGUAAACUUGAUAACAUUUACUGCUAACAAUUGAAGGCGCAGGAUUGAUUUAUCUGAAAGUGGCAGUAAACUCAACCAGUGAGAA